GGAGCAGACGACGAGAGUCCGGGAAAAGUCAAACGGGAGGCGGUUCCUCCGUAUGUGCGCAAACCACGCUUGGCCCGUCCUCCUCCAGACGGGCCCUCCCUCCCCCACCCCCUCGGGCCACCCGCUCUUGAGUUGGAGACUCCUGGCUCCCGUUCGCCUCACAGUCCGGGCAACAGAGUGACACGGGAAUGGACACAGAAGGGAGUCAGAGCAGCCUGUCGUCCUCCACGCAGGACUCCCCGCACGACCCCUGCAAAAUGUUCAUCGGCGGGUUGAGCUGGCAGACGACGCAAGAGGGAUUGAAGGAAUACUUUUGUAAAUUCGGCGAGGUGAAGGAGUGUAUGGUGAUGCGGGAUCCGGUUACGAAGCGGUCGAGGGGGUUUGGAUUUGUCACCUAUGUUGACCAGACUGGUGUGGAUAAAGUUUUGGCUCAAAACAGACACGAGUUGGAUUCAAAAACUAUUGACCCGAAGGUGGCUUUUCCACGUCGAGCUCAGCCCAAGCUGGUUACGAGAACAAAGAAGAUCUUUGUUGGAGGACUGUCUGUCAACACCACCAUCGAAGAUGUGAAACAGUAUUUCGAUCAGUUCGGAAAGGUUGAUGAUGCCAUGCUAAUGUUUGACAAAACCACCAACAGGCACAGAGGUUUUGGCUUUGUGACCUUUGAGAAUGAAGACGUGGUGGAAAAGGUCUGCGAGAUCCACUUUCACGAGAUCAACAACAAGAUGGUGGAGUGUAAAAAGGCUCAGCCGAAGGAAGUGAUGUCACCGACGGGCACGGCACGGGGACGCUCCAGGGUGAUGCCCUACGGUAUGGACGCCUUCAUGCUGGGGAUCGGCAUGCUCGGUUACCCAGGAUUCCAGGCAGCGACGUAUGCUAGUCGUGGCUACACUGGAAUCACACCAGGAUACACAUACCAGUUCCCAGAAUUCCACUUAGAACGGACCCCACUUCUGACCUCCACUCACCCUCCAGAGAUUACAGCCAUUCCACUGACGGCGUAUGGACCAAUGGCAGCGGCCGCAGCUGCAGCAGUGGUCAGAGGCUCCACCCCCUCUCGCUUCCUGGGCACCAGCAGCCCUGGGCCAAUGGCAGACCUGUACGCAGCAGCCAGUCAGGAAUCAGCAGUCAGCAGCUACAUCAGUGCAGCAAGCCCCGCCCCCAGCACAGGGUUUGGACAUGGACUUGGGGGUCCUUUGAUUGCAACCGCCUUCACCAAUGGCUACCACUGAGGGUCGGUGAGGUCCGCAUCCAGCAGGAGAGCAGAAACAUGAUGAUGGAGGAACUCCUCAUCUCUCCGUUCAGGAGUUUACACCUUUUCUUUUCCUCUAUUCUCUACUAACAUCACUUUCCCUCAUCCCGAGUCCUUUAUAAUAUGCUGCCGUCUGUCUUUUUAAAAAGAAAUGAAGUAUAAAAGAUCGUCGAAAGAAUAUUGUUUGAUUGUACGCGCAGAAACACGCGAGGAGUUCUGUUUCCUUUUCGGGUUUUUAUUUUCUGUUGAUGUUUUUGCUGACUGUUUUUUAAUGUUUUUACUGUACUCAUGCUGUAACGGAUGAUGUCGAGAAGGACGGAGAGAGAGAAAGAGAGAGAGAAGGAGCGAUAAAACUGGAAAAAAAACCGUUUGGUUUCAAACGAAUAUAAACGACGAACAAAUAUUGUGAGAUUUGAAACAAAACCGCAAGACGAAAAUGUAUAUUUUGGUUGUUUUACGCAGCAUUUUUGUAAGCUGAAUCGUCGAUACUUCGUAAAAUUGGAUUGAACAUGAGAAAGGAUUCAUUUUCUUUGCGAGACGUUGAUAAAAACGGUUUACGGAUUUACGAAUAAUUGACGAUUUGCACAGAAGAUGUCACCGUGCUCAUGUUGAGGCUCUUGAUUCGGCUGUUUUUGUGUAGAUACUGUAAAUAUUGCAUGGAUUUGGGGAGGGGUUCGACUUGAACGAUGGAUCGGGUGGUGCGGGAGGGUCUUUAUGGGGUUUUUUUAACACGCAAACAUCUUUCUUCACAUUGAAUCUUGUAUUUCCGAGACUCGUUUCUCAAUCAGAUUGGGCUGAUGCGAGCCUUCGCUUGUGCUUCUCUCACUUUCUACUCCAUUUCUACUGAAAAACGAUUAAUGUUUUAGACUGUCUACAUUUUCGAAUCAAGCGAUCUUUGUACAAAGUGCUUCAGUUUUUGUACGACUCCUCAUGCUUGUGAGUUUGAAAUGAUUCGGAAACCACGUUUCAGAUGUUUGCAGUGACAAAAAUAAGGUUGUGUUUUCCAAAAAAACAGACCUGGUCCCAUUUUUUUGGGAGAGAAAACACAAUCUUAAUUCGUUUAGUAGCCUCAGUUGGAAAGGUACGGCUGGUUAGGCUUCUCUUCAUUCUGUUUUGAAUAUAUAUUAUAUUUAGUUUUUUUGAGCAUUGUACUUCUAUUGUAAAUUCCUUUCCCUUUCUCAUCUUCUUUUGUUGACGCUGGUACGAUGCUGUUUUUAAAGAAAUGAAGGACAAAUUUACAACGCAAAAGGAGUCUGAGCGCUGUUACAUCUCAGUUUCUGUCUUCACUGCGAAAAAAAUCCAUUUCUUUCACAGUGUUUUUGCCAUUUUCUGUCUUAAAUCAAGGUGCAUUUAGUUGAGAAGCUAAAUUAUAUACACUUUACAUUAUGAAUAAUGUGUCAAAAUAUUGCCGUAAAACAAACUAAUGUCUGGCUAGAACUAAACUAGAACUAAACUAAUUGGGGCCAGAAAUAUAAACGUUCAUUCGCUUUUAAUUACGUUUAUUUUUCAGACCUAAUUGACAUAUUUGUUCAUGUUUUAAGGAAAAAUGAAAACAAUAAAAAUCUCUGAGCUAACAUGUUAUUAAGCAAAAUCAUGUUAUUUUAAUACAUCUUCGCUUAAAAUAAUACCAAAAAUAUAUCAUUCUUUCCCUUUUGAGUGUGUUUUGACCUAAUCUUGAGUGUUUUUGGGAGAUUCUAAAACAAAUUUUUGUUGCGUAUUCACGUGGCAUAUGCCAUCAUACAGCUGGCUUUUUGGUCAUAGACUUCAGAAUGUAGUUUUCCAUCUUGCAUAGCUUUAAAAUGCACGCAGAUAUUUAACGUUCAAGACAAAGCUGAAAUACACUGUAGGAUAGAUGCAUGCUGUAAAGGCUCCACCCACUUCUGAAAAGGAGGAGGGGAGAAGCACCUUAUUUGCAUUUAAAGAGACACAAUUUAAAUAAAAAUGUUGUUUCCAAUUGAAAUAUUGCCAUCUAAAAUAUAAAAUAGUAAAUAAUCUAAGGCACAUUUUGAGUUUAAAAACAAACAAAUUAACACCUGAGACUUUUAUUAUGUAAAAAAGCAAGUAAAUAGCUUCCCAUUAAAGUGAAAUCUAAACAUUUUUAGAUGGAAAUAUCAGUAUGUUAAAGGCUGGUUUAUACUUCUGCAUCGAGUGAUCUUGCACAUUGUCGUGCAUUUAUACUUCUGCCUGCUUUUUGUGUUGCAAUAACACUUCUGAAACACUAGCCGGCAGUAAGUGUUUAUGUUUCUCUGUGUCGAGUUUCUUCGCAGGUGUUUUGUUUUAUCUGAAUGCUACCUUAAUGUACAAGUAGCUAAAACUCAAUCAUUCAGAGGUGGGAACCGGCGGACGUGCAACAACUUUAAUAAUAAGAUAAACACAAAACAAAAGUUUCCAUCCGGAGCUCCUUCACGGCACUCCACACUUGUAAACACUCAGGCUCGUGACUCUCAGCACCACCCUGAGCAGAUCUUGCACUAUGCCUCAUUGCGAUGUGUAGUUACAUUUUUCAUCCGUGCGAUUGCUGCGCCGGACCAUAUACCUGCGCUUGACGCAGAAGUAUAAAUCAACCUUAUGGAAGCUAGCGUACUCCGAAACUGUGACACAAUUCGUUUUUAAUAAGAUAUAAACAUUCAGAUCUCUGUUUUUUCGAUGUCACCUCAUACUUCAGUUUCUCAUCAAAUCUUCUGACCAAUUAAAAACUCUCUAGUAUCUGAUAUGCUCCGCCCCCUUCAGUACUACUUCUCAUUUAAUAUGUUUGAUCUCAACCACUCUCACUAGCUCAAAAAAAGCUAUUAUAAGCUAUUUAUUUGUCCUGCCCUGUCUUUAUUUCAGUUUAAAUUACGUCACGUAUUGGACAAGAAUGCACAUUUCAAAGCACUUCAUGAAAUAUUUUAAUAUAAACUCACUUCAUUUUUAUUUUUCCGGCCAGUCAUUUAGCUUCUCGACAAAUACGUCACUGAUUAAAGAACGUCAAAAUCUUUGUCAUAAAUCCUGUGGAAGAGUGUGAUUUUUGCGCAGUGUUGUGGUUGUUUGCUAAUAUGUGUGUUAGGGUUGUCACGAUACUGGAAUUCGAUACCAAUCGGUACUGAAGUUUUAAAAACGUCCGUUUAAAAUGCCGUAUCUGUGGUUACACGCAGUAAACAACGGUGAGUUUGGUGAACUGAUGACCUUCACGGCCAAUCACAGUCAUUUCUGUUGAGCACGUGAACACAGUGGCAAAUCAGUGCUGUUUAAGAAUGCGCUCAAAUGUUUGCAGGAAAUGGACGUUAUUAAAAUUUCAGUGCCGAUUGGUACCGAAUUCCAGUAUCGUGACAACCCUAAUGUGUGUAUGCGUUUGUGUGUGUGUAUGAGAGUGUAAGUUUGCAGCGACUGCUUCACGUAGACUGAAGUACGGAUGUACACAUUGCUAGUUUACAUGCAUUCAACUGCCACCUUUGAAACUGUCCGGUCUCCGUCGGUAAACGAGCUCGUUUGUGACAUCAUCGCUCUAAUGGAGGCUCUUCUGGUAAAAAAUUUGCAUUCAUUAAUCCUUGCGCAAAAAUGAUUUCUACUUAUUUGCAUUAAUAUCAAGUCUUCCUUUUGACACGUAGCCUCCUUUUAGGUGUUGUUCUCAUCGAUGAUCGAAACCUACGGAGACGCCUCACAAAAACUACUGCACGGCACACACUGUAACUAUUUAACCAACGAAAAAUAAGCAAUAAGUUAUUUUUUUGAACUCAAGUAAUAAUGAACGCCGGUACUGGUGGUGCGAUUUUAUGUGGCAUUAAGAAUUAUUUUUCAGAAAAAAAAAUAGUAAUUAAAGAAGCUAUAUUUUUCAAGAUCCGUUUGAAGCCCUUGUAAUUGUGUGAGAUUUCUACACUACGUGUUGGUUGUUUGUUUUGGAUGAAAGGGGAUCAGCGGUGGUUUUGGUGUAAGCAUCAGAAGGCUGGCGCUCCGUCCCGCUGCUGUGGAGCCGCACGCCGACACUGUGACCUGAUGCUCCUCUCGCGCCCUUUACUGUAUUUUUUUAUUUUUCACCUCUGGAAAUUUUUCAAAUAAAAAGAUCCUAAUAAAUUAUUUUAAAACAUUCCA